AUGUGUGGGAUAUUUGGAUACGCAGGUUUUGCCACAGAAAUGAGCAAGAAACGAAUUAUCGAUGUUUUAGUGAAUGGAUUAAGGCGCAUAGAGUAUCGCGGAUACGAUUCGGCUGGUAUCUGCAUCACUGACGACUCUGACAUUCAACUCGUAAGGAUCAGGGCAGUUGGGAAGGUUGAAUGCCUUGCUCAAGCAGUGCAGACACAAUGCAAUAUUAAUCUAAGCAGAAAGGUGCAAGGAUAUGCAGGAAUUGCACACACAAGGUGGGCAACACACGGACAACCGUCCGUUGAAAAUAGCCACCCACUGAGCAGUGAUAAAGACAAUCACUUUCUUGUUGUCCACAAUGGAAUUAUAACAAACUAUAAGGAAAUUAGAGUGGAUCUUGAGAAGAAAGGAUUUAUUUUUGAGUCGAAUACAGAUACAGAAUGUGCAGCAAAACUUGCAAUGGACACUUACAUACAGAUGAGCAAAGAUAAUAAGUGUGUUUCAUUCGUUGAUGUAAUUAAGAAUGUUGCGAAGCAAUGCGAUGGUGCAUUUGCGUUUGUGUUUGUAUCUUCAUACUUUCCAAAUGAAAUGGUUAUUGUUAGGAAGUCAUCACCUGUUUUAAUUGGAUUGAAACUAGCGCAAGGCUCGAUCCCAAAAUCUAUAAGAGUUGUUUAUGAUCCUUAUGAUAAUUCAGGUUUAGGAGAAGCAACGCCUUCGGAAGUAUUUGUUUCAUCUGAUGCAUCUGCAUUGAUAGAGCACACAAGAAACAUUGUUUAUCUGGAAGAUAAUGACAUUGCACACGUAUCAAAUGGGAAUGUGCUGAUACACAGAUUGAUUGCCAAGGAGCACGAUACAACAGUAAAGGAACGAGAAGUAAAGACAAUAAAUAUGGAAUUAAGCUCUAUAAUGAAAGGAGAGUAUGAUCACUACAUGAUAAAAGAAAUUAACGAACAAAAGGAUUCGGUUAUAAGGACAAUGGCAGGUAGAAUUGAUUUUGACAGGUAUAGUGUUUUUUUGGAUGGACUGAAGGAUUACAUCGAUGCCAUACGAAGCGCACAGAGAAUUGUUUUUAUAGCAUGCGGAACUAGUUAUUAUGCAUGUCUUUCCUGCAGAGCACUUUUUGAGGAAUUGGUUGGUGUGCCUGUUACUGUUGAAAUGGCAACUGACUUUCUUGACAGAAAGCCGCCUGUAACAAGCAAUGAUGCGGUAUUUAUUAUGUCACAGAGUGGAGAGACUGCAGAUAGUGCUAUGGCAAUGAGAUAUUGUUUAAAAAAUGAUGCAUUAUGUAUAGGCAUAACAAAUACAAUUGGAAGCACAAUCUCAAGGGAAACUGCAUGUGGAGUGCAUAUCAAUGCCGGUCCUGAGAUUGGUGUUGCUAGUACAAAGGCUUACACCUCCCAGUACAUUACAUUGGUUCUAAUCACACUAAAACUCAGUGAAUGCAAUCCUUUGCAUACAAACAGAAGAAAGGAGAUUAUUGAAGGCCUUAAGAGCAUUAGUUCACAAAUAGACAAAACAUUGAUGCUGAAUGAAUCAGUAAGAUCUAUUGCGAACGGAAAGAUGAAAGACUGCACAAGUAUGCUAGUACUUGGCAGAGGGUAUCAGUAUCCAACAUGCCUGGAGGGCGCACUCAAAAUCAAAGAAAUCACAUAUAUUCACUCAGAAGGUUUGGCGGCAGGUGAGCUUAAGCACGGUCCAAUUGCACUUGUUGAUGACAAACUUGAGUUAAUAUUCAUUGCAGCAAAUGAUUUGAACUAUGAUAAGGCCAGAAAUGCAAUGGAGCAGAUUUGUGCAAGAAAUGGGAAUCCAAUGGUGAUAUGCACUGAGGAUGUUGCUGAUGACUAUUCUGUGCAUCAAGUGCUCAAAAUACCCAAAACAGUUGACUGUCUUCAAGGUGUGCUGGCUGUCAUUCCACUUCAGCUUCUGUCGUACCAUCUUGCUGUAGCAAAGGGAUAUGAUCCAGACUUUCCUAGAAGCCUGGCAAAGUCAGUAACAGUUGAAUAG